AGCUGGCUUUUAUAGCUUCUGGUUUUUGCGGAGUGAACGAAAGGGAAAUGGCUGAUUUGAGAGACGAGCAUGGGAAUCCGGUACAGCUCACCGACGAGCGCGGCAACCCCGUGGAGCUGACCGACGAGUUUGGCAAGCCUGUGUGCCUCUCCGGCGUCGUCGGAGGCCAGAGCCACCCCCAUGAGCAGCAGGAACGCGGCGAGGCCGAGGCCGAGGCCGGAGAGCACCGUCGCUCUAGCAGUUCCAGCUCCAGCUCGUCGGAGGACGAUGGACAGGGUGGGAGGAGGAAGAAGAAGAAAGGCAUGAAAGACAAGCUCAAGGAGAAAAUCACCGGAGGGAAGCACGGGGACGAGCACUCGGAGGACGCCACGGAGACCGUCGCCACCACCGAGGGCGAGCAGCAGCAGCAGCAGCAGCACGAGAAGAAAAGCAUGAUGGAGAAGAUCAAAGAGAAGCUGCCUGGCCACCAUGGCCAUUAAGAAGAUUUGGCCUUCCGUCUUAAAGAUAUGUACGUAGCAUAUAUGCAGAUGCUUGUGGCUUGCA